GAUGAGAUUCGUGCACGCCAUUCUUGUGUUUGGGCUUCUUUCCACUUGUUUCCAAAUGGCUCCGUGUGACGAUAGCCAAGACGAACGUUAUUCCACUAACGAGACAGUGACUGCGUCAGAGAGUCGUCGACAUAAAGAAAGCGCUAAAUAUUGGCGAUGGGCUUAUCGCAAGAUUAAUCAGCUCGAUAGGCUCGAUUUACCUACAACAGCAACGUCAGAUGAUGAGAAAUGGAUGCGCAAAUUUGACGUGCCUCAACUUCAUUCGAUUCUCGAUGGUUACAUGAAAAUGGUGAAAAAAACCAAAUGGAUGGACAAGAUGGGCAAGGCUUUGCAAUCGAAAUUACUGCGAUCCGUCCUGUCCAGCACAAUCAAACGUCAUUCGACUUCCAUUAAAGGUGGCCACAAUGAAUUAGUCGAACCAAGGAUGGACAUUAGUUUCUGGAAUCUAGUGCCUUGCUAUUCGACUCACACCGAGCCUGGACUUUGCCUAUCGACGGCCAUUUGCGCAGCUAUCGGUGGCACGCCCAGCGGCUCUUGCAUGUACCGCAUGAGUAUGAGCAAAACGUGUUGCAUCAUCAACAAGAUAUUAACUACCUGUUCGGCUAACGUGGUCGCCAACAACACGUACUGGCAAUCGCCUUUGUUCGGGGUCGAUUCCGGAUCGCUUUGCAUCAUGGCGCUACAUUUAAACACGGGAGUCAUCCGCCAAAAUUUGCAGCCCAUUUGUCAAGUUCGGCUCGAUUUCGAUAUGUUUUCAAUCGCCCAACCCAACACGAAUUCCGUUUGCGCCACCGAUGUGUUUAGAGUGUCCGGAUCGUUGAAUCCAGUGCCGCCCAUCUGCGGAGACAAUUCACGUCAACACAUGUAUCUGACCUCGAAAUCAACUGCUCGUAACAUUCAACUCAUCUUCAGCAUCGGUGCGGCGCCAACGAUCGACCGUUCAUGGCGUAUGAAAAUCAGUUUGCUGCCAUGCCACGUCGACUACCUGGCCCCGCCCAAUUGUCUGCAGUACAUCACCGAGAGUACGGGCACCGUUAAAUCGUUCAACUGGAAGGACGUGGCACCCAGUGCAACAUCGCCGAGGCAAUUAGCCGAUCAGGACUACCAAAUAUGUUUCAGGACUGAGUUGGUCGGCACCAAUCAGCAGGUUCCAAACACUCAUUGUUUAACCGAAUGUUCAACAACGAACGGCGGCCUUGCGUUCAGCGUGAGUCGAAUCGGUGCGGACGUAACAAGUAGCGCGGGCGGGACGGGAGUGACGGUGGCCAACGGCCAAUGCGCCAACGACUUUCUGUUCGUACUCGGCGGAUUCGACGUACUGGGCAAUUUCAACGAUCGAUUUUGCGGCAAUCGACUGAAUCCAACGCCCGGCGCUGGCACAUCGACGCCCAUUUGCUCGAAAUUUAAACCUUUCGUCAUUCGAUACGUGACCGAUGGCAGCGAAACUGGCGACGGAAGCAACAACGGAUUUUGUUUGAACUUUGUUCAAUUUUAAACGCGGGAAAAGGUCGUUCGAAUACCCACUUUGUAAAUAAAAAUCUAAUCAAAUCAUAA